AUGAACGCCGGUCCAGUAGAGCCCACGCACACAGAGAAAAAGAAGUUAAGCCCAUUUCUGACCAACCGCCCGAGGCAGAGCUGCCAUUGCAAUCCAUCGGAGAUCUCUCCGCCGCCGCCGCCGUCCUGCGCCAUGCUCCGCCUCCGAGAGUGCGUCGUUUCCUAUAUCAUCUCUCUUUCCUCCACCUCCGCCGUCUCCCCUCUGCUUCGCCUCCUCUCCGCCGCCGCGGCCCCCGUUUCCCCGAACCCCAGUAGCUUCGCCGUCGAGGACUACCUCAUCCACACCUGCGGCCUCACCCGGCCCCAAGCCCUCAAGGCCUCCACCAAGAUCUCCCACCUCAAGUCCCCCGCCAAACCCAACGCCGUCCUCGCCUUCCUCGCCGGCCUCGGCCUCUCCGGCGCCGACGUCGCCGCAGUACUACCUGCCCCUCUUCGGCUCCUGCCACAACUUCCUCCGGGCGUUCGAGCGCUCAUUCUAUCUUCUCUCGCCGGAUCUGGAUUAGGUGGUAACGCCCAAUGUCGCGUACCUGCAGGAGUGCGGGCUAUCUGCUUGUGA